AUGUUUAAAGCAAUAUAUCAUAAAGCCCCACAAGAUGAAAUUCAAGCCAUGUUUACCAAAUUUGAGACCAAAGGACUUUCUAAAUUUUGGAUUUAUAAUAAUUGGGAAGUAUUCAUUUCAAAAUAUGAAUAUGCAAAAGAUUUCUUAUCGGAAUCAGCUGAGGCGCUACCAAAAUGGUCGCUUCCUGACAAGCACCCAACAAGAAAAUUUUUGGGUGAUGGUUUAUCUUUUUCUAACGGACAAAAAUGGAUUACGCAUAGAAGGAUAGCAAAUCCUGCAUUUAACCGUGCACUUUCCCCAGAAGUUGUUGGGAAAAUAACAAUUGAUUUGAUAAAUUUACUUGAUAAAAUAGUUGACCAACCAUUUGAUAUCUUUAAAGUAAUGCAAAGAACCACCAUACAAGUUUUAGGAAAAGUUGCAUUUAAUUAUGAUUUCAAGUGUUUGGAAAAUUUAGAAGCUCAACAUGAGGUGAUUGAGACUUAUGUUAAAAUUAUAGAUUUUCUUGGUGAUCCACUUCUUUAUGUUGUACCAUGGUUACAUAAAUUUCAAAGAAAAUCAAAAGCUGAAUUUGAAAAUGAUUUAGAAAUGUUUAAUUACAAUAUGCUCAAAAUCAUUCAAAAUAGAAGAGAAGAGAUUAAAAAAUCAAAACUUUCUAAUAAUGAUGAUAAUGAUAAAGAUUCAACAUUAAGAAAUGAUUUGUUAUAUGGGAUGAUUGAAGCUGCCAAUGAAGAAAAUUAUGAAAUGUCCUCUGAUGAUUUGAGAGAUGAAAUGAUACAAAAUAAAGCCAGAGAAGAAGCAAUCAGUGUCUUGGGUGUGAAAGGAAAAAUUCCAACCUCAGAAGAUUUAAAGGUAGUUAUUUAUAAAUCUUUACGUCUUUAUCCAGCACUUGUUGAGACUCUUCCACGUCUCACCAAAAAAGAAUUGAGAUAUGGCCAAAUGAUAAUUCCAAAAAAUACUAUGGCAAGUGUUAAUAUUUGGGCUGUUCAUCGUGAUAAUAAUCUACAUGCUUGGAUGCCUUUCUCCGCCGGGCCAAGAAACUGGUAA